AUGGCGCCUCUGUGUUUUACAGUUGCGCCUGCGAGGAAAAACGGGUCAGAACGCUUGCGCCGGUUGGGGGCCGAGCGAGCGGACGGCGCGUUCCUGGCGGCUUUAUGCAAGUCUAGAUGGGCGCGCUUCGGGCGCAGAACACAAGUCUCAGGUCUCCACUGGAAACUUACCUGCAUUAGCACGCAUGAGAAUGUGUCUGAGGCACCGAACUCACUAUUACGUGAGGAAGACCUUCAGAGUGGCCCGCUGACGACCGAGCACCAGAGACAUAUUCAAGGUGUGCCUCCGGUACACCCCAGAAUGCGGGCGAAUUUUGAGAACAUGAUAAGAGCUGCUCAGAACUCCAUCUGUCUUGCGUUAGAGAACGUCGAUGGUUCCGGAAAGAAGUUUCGUGAGGACGCAUGGGUACGCGGCGCUGAUGGCGGUGGCGGCAUUUCCCGCGUUCUCCAAGACGGUCAUGUUUUUGAAAAGGCCGGUGUUAACGUGUCCAUUGUUUACGGCACCAUGCCUCCCGAAGCCUUGCAGGCAGCCUCUGCCGGCGCUGUCGCUCGUAAUGCGGGAUACGCCCGGGACGAACGAGUCCCGUUCUUUGCGGCCGGAAUCUCAUCCGUCAUUCAUCCAUGGAAUCCGCAUGUUCCGACGAUGCAUUUCAACUAUCGGUACUUUGAAACCGACAAGGGCAUGUGGUGGAUGGGCGGGGGCACCGAUCUCACGCCGUCCUACCUUUACGUCGAGGAUGCGCAGCAUUUCCAUGGCGUUCUGAAAUCAGUCUGUGAUCGCCACGAUGCCGCGUUCUAUCAAAGAUUCAAAAAAUGGUGCGAUGACUAUUUCCUCAUUCGUCAUCGGGGCGAGCGUCGCGGCAUUGGAGGCGUGUUUUUCGAUGAUUUGAAUGAUCGCCCGGCAGAGGAACUGUUCAAAUUUAGUUCAGAUAUGGUGGGCCAUGUGGUUGAGGCGUACGUCCCCAUCGUUGAACGCCGCAAGCACAUGCCAUACACUGAAGAGCAAAAACGUUGGCAGCAGUUGCGUCGAGGUCGAUAUGUGGAGUUCAACCUCGUCUAUGAUCGCGGCACCGUCUUUGGUCUCAAGACCGGCGGUCGUAUCGAAAGCAUUCUUAUGUCGCUGCCGUUGACGGCACGAUGGGAGUACGAUCAUCAACCAGCAGAAGGGACUCCAGAAUGGGAUCUUCUAGAUGCGUGCAGACAUCCUCGUGAAUGGGUGUAG